AUGCCGAAAGAUCAGGAUGUUGUGAUGUGCUGCAAGAUCGUAGUUCUUGGCGAUUCUGGGGUAGGUAAGACAAGUUUAGCCAAUCGCUGGAUUAAUGGUGUUUGGCAGGAUUCAGUUAAGCCCACGAUUGGCGCCAAUCAUCAAAGAAAGAGAGUACAGAUAGACAGAAAUAAUUUAGAUGUUUUCAUGUGGGAUACAGCUGGCCAAGAGCAAUUCAGAUCUCUUGCGCCAGUGUAUACUCGCUCAUCAUCUGCUGUGAUUAUAGUUGCAUCUAUAAUCGAACGUGCAUCAUUUGAAUCAAUAGAAAAUUGGAUAGAAAUCGUAAAGUCUACAUCAGAAAAAAUGCCUCCGUUAGUUCUUGCAGUAAAUAAAAUCGAUUUACCAGACGCUGUUAUAAAUCAGGAAGAAAUUAUUGAGAAAUAUAAACCGCUAUUUGCAGGUAUAUUCUUUACUUCUGCUUUAUCUGGACAGGAAGUUGAUCAAUGCUUCAGAUGCGCUUCAGAAGAAGCUUACAAAUUCAUUAAAGAUAGUCAGCAAGUCGAAUCCAAGCAGUUAGAUGCCGAAAAGCAAAAGUCAGGUUGCUGCUAA